UUCAGUUCAGCCUCUUCUCUUCACUACAAAGUUCAACACUACUAAGUCUUUCCUGAUCACCCUCUUCUCAGUUUCAUCAACUCUAUUCCGAUCCAACCAUGGGUGUCGUCACUUACGACUCCGAGAUCACGUCCUCGAUCCCUCCGGCCAAGAUGUUCAAGGCCGCUGUCCUCGACGCCGAUAACAUCAUCCCCAAGGUCCUCCCGCAAGCCAUCAGGAGCAUAGAAGUCCUCGAGGGCGACGGAGGUCCCGGGACCAUCAAGUUGAUCAAUUUCGGCGAAGGCAGUCAGUACAAGACGGUAAAGCACAAGGUCGAGACCCUGGACAAGGAGAACUUCGCCUACUGCUACUCGAUCAUUGAGGGCGACCCGCUGGGCACCACCUUCGAGAAGAUCAGCUACGAUGUGAAGAUCACCGCGUCGCCCGACGGAGGCUCGGUGUGCAAGAGCACGAGCAAGUACUACACCAUCGGCGAGGUGGACCUCCCCGAGGGGAAGAUCAAGGCCGGGAAAGAGAAGGCGUCCGCCAUGUUCAAGGCCAUCGAGGCAUAUCUGGUGGCAAAUCCGGAUGCCUAUUGAGCCGAUCUCAUCCAUCUUGUAUUGUUCGUGUUCUGUGUUAAAUAUGUCUGGUUGUGCUGAAUCCAAAAGUAGAGAAGAGAAGUUGAGUCGCUCAGUGUUUGGAGUUGAGAAUAUUUGGUUGGUGAGUGCUGUUCUUAUCUUAUGCUGAGAAUAAGAGGACGAAAGGUGUGGCAGGAAUCUGGUGUAGUGGUUUCGUGGAAUUUUAAGGAGUGGGAAUUUGUAAA